GUCGCAAGUGAACAUGGCGAAUUAAGAGAAAAUGGAAAAUGGACGUGAACUCAUCGUGAACUCAAGUAUUUGUGCGUGAGAGAUUUGAAUCGAAUAAAAUAAAUAUAAAGAAAAAAGUAUAUCCAAAUUACGAACGAUCAAAAAUUUAUUAUGAGGAUUUAUAAUAUAUUUAUUCAUAGCCUCGUUUCGUCGGUGAUAGGUUUCAGUGAAGAUUUAUUAUUAGCAAUGAAUGUCAAGUCAUGGAUCACGGAUCACAAUUUUACAGAGAUCAUCAACUUGUCGUUUUCCAUUUCUAAAUGUUGCAACGUUCUUUUAAGCGAUUCAACGGAAGAUUCGGAGAUAUUUUUCGAUCGAUUCAGAACCAUCUAUCCGUACGAUUAUUUUUUGAAACGGAACACGAACGAGUACGAGGAAGAAUGCGACGGUUAUCUUUUGCUAGGAUCGCGCGACCACGAAAUAAUGGAGUUUAUCAGAAAGAUACCGUCUUUAUUGUGGAAAACAGAAAUUCUAAUCAUUGUGGAUAAUGAUAUUUCUAUCGACUCCAACAUUCUUGAUAAUUCCAUUUAUGGAAUCGCAAGUGUAAAUAUUGUUUCUACGUCCGGUAUAUGGAAAUUAUCCGACAAUUACUUGAGUCCGCGAGUAUUUUAUAAGCUUGAUAGAUACGAGGAAAUAAAGAUCGACGAGAAUAUUAAUUUUCGCGGACAAGAAUUACAAGUUUGCAGUAUUUAUAAUCCACCUAUGGCUUACAUGAACCACACGAUUCGGAAAACGAUCAAUGGUUUCGAAGCCGAAGUGUACGCGAUGGAUAACGAUUUGGACUGGGACGGUAUCGAGAUGAGAUUGUUCUUAAUAAUGGCGGAAAAAUUAAAUUUCACGUGGACCAUAAGGAAACCAGAGGGGAAUUACACAUACGGGAAACGAUUCAACGAGACGUAUUGGAUUGGCGGUAUCAUACAAAUGUUAGUCGAUCAAAAGGUGGAUAUCGCGUUUGCUAGCAUUUGGAUGACACUGGAUCAGAAUAAAUUCGUUACAUUGUCGAUGCCUUGGUACGACGUGUAUCUCCACUUCUUGGUGCCCCGUCCACACCGAACCACAAGUUUCUGGGCGUUGAAGAAACCGUUCUCCAAGAAAAUUUGGUGCCUGCUUCUGUCCGCGUUGCUGCUGCACAGCCUUUACACUUACGUUCGUUCGUGGAUCGACUCUAAAUUUCCAAAACGAUAUCGAAAUUUUCUAAUUACUUUCAUCGAUUUAAUUGGAUAUUUGUUAAGCAGCUCGGUGCCAAAGACCGCUGUACCGAACAGGGUACAAAUACUUCUCUGGCAGACCGUUGGCUGGUUAAUAAUAGCUGCAUAUUGCAGUAGUCUCGCUGCUAGACUUGCAACUUGGGAAUAUGAGAGCAGGAUCGAUACGUUCAAGCAAUUCGUCGAGGCGAAUUUAUCAUGGGGGAAAUCUGGUCAACCGCCACCUUUUGACGAUUAUUUUGAUCUUAGUGACCCACACUCGGCUCAAUUGAGAAACAGAUAUCGUCAAAUAGAAAAUAAUACGCAACUGGAGAAAUUUAUAAUGGAAGGUAAUUAUGCGAUUCUGGGCAAAAUAAUUGAAACCUGUUUCGUCCCAACAGAUUAUAUAACGACCGAAAGUCUUAAGAAUUAUAGAUUGAUGAGAGAAUCGUUGGGACACUUUUACGCCUCUUUCGCGAUUCAACCACGGCUAUUAAAGCCUAUAAAUAAAAUGAUUCUAUGGUUGAAGGAAAGCGGUAUCGUCAUUUGGCAUUUACGAGAUGUUAUACGAAGACGAGGUAAUUAUAAUUUUCGUGAAGUUUUCAUUGAACGUGACAGAUACGAUGGGAGCGUACAAGUUCUCGGAUUGACGCCGCUUGGCGCCGGAUUUUCACUUUUACUCGUCGGAUUUUUUAUAGCUACGCUGGUAUUUUGUUUAGAGUUGAAACACUUUGUUGGGAAAAUGUGCGACCUUCGCAUUCUUAUAAAUAGAAAACAUGAUUCAUAGACGAGAAAAAUAUAUUAAAUAACCUAUAAAUAUAUUAAUUUCCUUAAAACUGAUUUCAAGAUUACUUCACUUCGAUCGGAAUUUAAUUAAGAAAAAUUGUUUCUAGAUUAUUGUUUGCACAUACUAUAACACAUGUUUUGAUGCUUUAUUUUUUCCAAUAAUCAUUUAUGUAUUUUUUCAAUUGUCGUUGAUUCUAUUAUCGAAAUUGAAAAUUGAAAACAUAACAUAUAUUACGUAUAAAUAUGAGAUAAAGAUAUUAUGUAUCGUUGAAGUAUAAAUUAUAUCUUCUAUAAAAAAAUCUUUGUAAAAGUCAUAACGUGAUCUUUAUGAUAAGUCUACGUGAUAAAUAUGAGAUAAAUCUAUAUAUUUAAAGAUUGAUAAAUAUUGAUUGAUUAUAAUCGAGUACUUUUUUUAUUUUCGAAAAGUUUUUUUCUUUUUCGAAUUACAUUAAAUCAUCUUGUAAAA